AAACCUAACUUGAUUUCAGAUUUUCUGAAGACAAGGCCUUCCGUUUCUUCUUUCCCCCAAUUCGAUUCGAUUCCAUUCCUGGCUUCAUCCAAUCAAUCACUUACCUUUUCCAAUUCAUUUGCUUUUUCUUGUUUUAGGAAUUUAUUACUGUUUGACGAAGUACCCAAUUUUGAUUCUUCUCAUUUUUUCUUCUUCCUUUUUGAUUCUUGGGUUUGUUUCCUCUUCCAUUUUCUAUAUGGUCCGUCGAUUCUCUCCGAAUUCAAUGGGUGGUUUCUCUGAUCCGACGGUUUUUACAAUCAACGCUUUCGUUUUCCCUCAUCAUUGAUUUCCGUUUUCUUCCACCAAUCUUCCCUUGCCUUUUCCCUGAUUUUGAUUCUUGUACUUGGAGGGAGAGAGAGAAUCUUAUUAAAUUAAAGAAGGAAAAAGGAGAAAUAUGAGGAUGGUGAAGUCUCAGAUAUGGCAACCCUGUAAGAAGAAGAGGUCUUGAUCGGAAGGAUCUAGAGAGAGAGAGAGAGAGAGAGAAUCUGACUGAGAGAAAGAGGGAGAGAAAAAGGGGUUAUCGGAAAUGGACGGCGGCGGAGGGAGGUUGAAGUCGGCGAGUUCGAGCAAUGUUGGAAGAACCCGCGUGGGAAAAUACGAGUUGGGUCGAACCCUUGGCGAGGGUAACUUCGCUAAGGUCAAGUUUGCUCGGAACUCGGAGACCGGCGAGAACGUGGCGAUCAAAAUUCUUGACAAGGAGAAAGUUCUUAAGCAUAAGAUGAUCAGUCAGAUUAAACGUGAGAUAUCAACAAUGAAAUUAAUUAGGCAUCCAAAUGUCAUCCGUAUGUUUGAGGUGAUGGCUAGCAAGUCCAAAAUAUAUAUUGUGUUGGAGUUUGUCACUGGUGGGGAACUAUUUGACAAGAUUGUUAGUAGAGGCAGGAUGAAGGAAGAUGAAGCAAGAAAGUAUUUCCAGCAGCUUAUUAAUGCUGUGGAUUAUUGUCAUAGCAGAGGUGUUUCUCACAGAGAUUUAAAGCCCGAGAAUUUGCUGCUUGAUGCUAGUGGUGUUCUUAAAGUUUCAGAUUUUGGUUUGAGUGCACUACCUCAACAAGUUCGGGAAGAUGGAUUACUUCACACAACAUGUGGGACACCAAAUUAUGUUGCUCCAGAGGUGAUCAAUAAUAAAGGCUAUGAUGGGGCAAAGGCUGAUUUGUGGUCAUGUGGCGUAAUUCUUUUUGUUUUGAUGGCUGGUUAUUUACCCUUUGAAGAUUCCAACCUAGUUGCGUUGUAUAAGAAGAUACACAAGGCUGACUUCACUUGUCCACCAUGGUUCUCUACAAACGCAAAGAAACUUAUCAAAAGAAUUCUGGAUCCCAAUCCCUCAACGAGAAUUACUAUUCCAGAGGUCAUUGAGAAUGAAUGGUUUAGAAAAGGUUAUAAGCCGCCCACUUUUGAACAAGCUGAUAUAAGUCUUGAUGAUGUGGAUGCUAUCUUCAACGAAACAGGGGAUUCGGGUACUCUCGUCGUGGAAAGGAAAGAGGAAGGAUCUCAAGCCCCUCUUACUAUGAAUGCAUUCGAGCUUAUCUCUAAAUCUCAAGGCCUCAACCUCAGUUCUCUUUUUGAAAAACAAAUGGGGAUUGUUAAACGAGAAACAAGGUUCACAUCCAAUCGACCUGCAAAAGAGAUCCUUUCUAAAAUUGAGGAAACUGCAGCACCUUUGGGUUUUGAUGUGAAGAAAAACAACUACAAGAUGAAACUUCAAGGUGAAAAAACAGGUCGUAAAGGCCAUUUAUCAGUGGCAACAGAGAUUUAUGAGGUUGCUCCAUCAUUGUACAUGGUUGAGCUUCGUAAGGCUGGAGGAGAUACAUUAGAAUUUCACAAGUUUUAUAAGAACCUCAAGACUGGGCUGAAAGACAUUGUCUGGAAACAUGAAGAGGAACCUGACGAAGGAGAUUCUGGAUAGCAAAACCCAAAGCUCUCCUCCCUCACCUUGCAGCUAUUAGGGGACAUUUAAUUUCACUUGAUAGUGUGAGGGAGUUGAUGCAUACAAAUGGCAGCACCCUGCUGUUGGGGUUUGAUUACGACAUUAAUGGUUUUGGUUGUGCUUGAAGAAAAGGAAAAUAAAAGAAUAAAACAUUUCUCUCUAUUGCAGGUGCCAGUGUCUCACAGUCGAGGUAAUUAUAUUUUUCUCUGGAAGUUGUUUUAUAUUGGUUGAAGUAUGAGAGUGGAUAAUUCAGUCGACUUCUUGUACCUUGAUUUUAAAUUCAUAUGGUAUUUUGCUGUCAUUUGAUUUAACCAAGAAGUUCUCCCUGGUUAUUGAUAGCAGCAGCAUAUUUGAGUCUGUAUUGUGGUUUCAUCCAUAACGUCAUAAAUGGUUAAAGUAUUGUUUCUAUACGUGAAUAAUGCCAUUGCAAAAUAAUAAUUUUAUGUUCUAUACAUAACUUCCUAA